CUUUGGUUCUUCGUCCUGUUGUUUUUUUUAUUUCGGUUUCCUUUCACCACCACCCCCAUCGCCCAGGUAUUUCCCCCUGGUCACCGCUGGGUGUGCUUGCUUCCUACGACCCGCUGCGAUCGGCCGAGGCAAGACAAUGAUCUACGGAGCCUGAUAGCCCGCGCAUUGGCACAAGGCUUGUCGGGGCGGCGCGCGAUAAAAAAAAAUGCCUGGAAACUGCGAGGUUUGCGUCUCGGAGCCAUCGAAGUACCGAUGCCCGACGUGUGGGCUCAUGAGCUGCUCCCUUGCGUGCACCCAGUCCCAUAAAAUCUACUGCGCACCUAAAGCACAAUCGCCAAAACCAUCCGACCAGACGGUGGACACCCAGUCGCUCUCCACCGAAGCUCAUGGCGAUGCGACCAAUGAGACGACACAUAAGGCCCGGAAUGGCCUCGACCUCAAGUCUCUAGGGUCCUCACCCGAACUCAGGGAGCUACUUGAUCGGUUUCCCUCGCUCCGGGAACAACUGCACGAAAUCUACCAGGCCACCUUGGAAGAGGAAUGGGUAGAAACCCCAUCCUCUGGAGGUCGGGGACGACACUUUGGUCGAGGCAAAGGGCCGCACCGGCAUCGCGGACACGGGCCCUGGACGCGUGAAAAGGGAUUCAAUCGGGGACGGGGGAAGGUCAGGAAGUUGAGGGAAAGAUGUGAAGAGGGUCUGGAGACCGGCAAGGCGGCGGAGGGAUUUGUGCGGUUCAUGGCCCUGACCACCGGGAAUGAGCUCCCACAGGGUAUAUGAAGGCUGUAUAGUAGACAAGCCUUCCCGGGCAGUUUAGAUCAGUGCCAGCACACCAUCGAUGACCUGUACCGAUGGUGUGCGAAUUUAUAACUUGCUCUGCAGCUAGCGCUGAAUGGGCACGAGAGAAGGCACGAAAGGGGAUAACGAGGAACGAUAAUCCUCGAUGAAGAUAUCCUUCAGACUCGCGAAAGCCCUCGUGGAUAUAAAAACCAUAACAUUCGCGGAGUGCAUUUGGCCAUAGCAAUGAAUUCGCUCGCCAUCCCGCGCCAUCCCUGCC